AUAAACACAUUUAAAGGAAGUGGGAGAAAAUCAGAAAGGCGAAGGAGAGGGAGAGAAAUCGGAGAUGUCAUCACAGGGGAACGAUCCACGCAUGCCAUCAACGGCGAAGCCGUAUGUGGCUCCGCCGGUUUCCCCGCAAGACAUGCCGAUCGAUUACGCGGGUUUCAUCGCCGUCGUAUUCGGCGUCGCCGGCGUCAUGUUCAGGUACAAGCUGAGCUCGUGGCUGGCUCUCAUAUUCUGUGCGCAAUCCGUUGCGAACAUGAGGAAUGUGGAAAAUGAUCUCAAACAAGUUAUGAUGGCUAUGAUGGAACUUCUACUCGAUUUCUUUGUAAAUGUCAAGCUGCUGCCAAUAUCGAGUAACGUUGCAGGUCAUGAAGCAUGCUCUUGAUUUCACAGAAAGGGGAGGUGUCAUCCAUAUUUGAAUAAGUCUCCUUUACUGUGUCCCUGAUCUGUUUAGCAGUGUUGUAAUACAUGAAGUUUUCUUCAAUCUUGUUGGUCAUUGUGUUCAACAGUCA